UAUUACUUCCUUUUUGGUAAAUUUCUUUUUCUUUUGCUUACGACUGAAAAAACGUGCGGUUGGGAAAACCAAAUCUUUUAAAGUCGUUUCACGAACUUAUAAAAUUGGUAGAACCAACAAUCUUUAAAAGAUUUGUGGUGCGAUUUGUCGUUUGGAGGUUAUAAACACCUGUUUGCCUGCUGUAAAACGUCCAACUAGUUAAUAUGGUGCGCACGAUAGUAGGAACAGUAAAUUGUGCUGUAUGUCAUGAGCCGGAGAACGAAGAAAUGGUGCAGUGCGAUGUGUGCGAUGAGUGGACACAUUUCAUCUGUGCAGGAGUCUCUGAAGAUAUUGCUGACAAAGCAUGGAGUUGCAAAAAGUGUGUUGCGGUAGCCACGUCAAAUGUAUCAAAAACACUUACUACACCAAAUCAGCAGUUAACCGAACAUGAAAAGCAAGGCCAUGAAAAGGUAGGUGAAAAUGAUGAUAGGGCAAGUAAGCAGGGCUCUGCGAAAUCGAAGCGCAGUAUGCAUUAUGAAUUAGCUCUUUUAGAGGAGCGAAAAAAGGCAGAGCUAUUAUACUUAGAACGGAAAUAUAAGAUUAUGCGGAGAUAUGAAAGCUCAGAAGAGUCAGACGACGACACCGAUUUGAAUGCGCUGAAGGUGCAUCGCACCGCUGAAUGGGCAAGUGGCAAGGGUCAGGGCGAGAUAGGUAGGGCUAAGGAAGGGCAGCUUGGAACAGGUGCUAUGCACGAUAGGGUAGUUACAGGCAGAGGGCGCAACGAGGCGCAAAUGCAGGCACGCACAACGUCAGAAGUAAAUGCUGGAGGCUUGAAUGCGCAGCAAAUUAGUUCGCGACACGUGGUGUCAAAAGAUCUCCCUGUGUUUAGUGGCAAAGCAGAGGAGUGGCCUCUGUUUCUGAGCAGCUUUCAGAAUUCCACGCGACUUUGUGGAUUUACCCACGAUGAAAAUCUGCUUCGUUUGCAACGCGCUUUAAAAGGUAAGGCGCUUGAGUACGUUAGUAGUAAACUUAUGAUCCCCGAACUUGUACCCGAAAUAAUUUCCACGCUACGGAUGAUUUUUGGUAAACCAGAGCAAAUAAUAAACAGUCUCUUAGGGAAGUUACGCUCGUCUGCGCCUGUUAAUGUAAAUAAGCUCGAUACUCUCAUAACUUUCGCGCUUGAAGUAAAAAAUGUAGCCGCUACUAUGGAGGCAUCAGGGCUCCAGUCCCAUAUGACAAAUCCUGUGUUGAUACAAGAACUAGUUGAAAAGUUGCCAGCUCAAAUGCGCCUACAAUGGGCAAUGUUUUCUAGGCCGUCUUCAGACGCUAAUCUGAAGGCGUUUAGCGAUUGGCUGUUCGACUUGGCAGACGCUGCCAGCAACGUUACAUCAGUUCUUUCUGCUAGCAAUCCUGAGUCGGAGAAACGCAAAGCUCAUCGGGUAAGUGUUCAUGCGGAGGAGAAGAAUGCUAGCAGAGAAUUCGCCGAACGGGUUAAACCCAAAUUAUCAUGCUAUUUAUGCAAAGAAUCUCAUGUUAUUUUAAAAUGCGAUAAGUUCAAAAACUUAGGUUAUGACGAAAAAUGGAAUGAGGUACGUAGGUUGCAGCUUUGUAGGUUAUGUUUACGAAAACACGAUGCGAGAAGCUGUCGUGAGAGGAAAGCAUGCGGCGUGAACGGUUGCACCUACAAACAUCACCCGCUUUUACACAAAACCUUCGAUGCUCAAACAGCAAUUGUGGCUCAUCACAAAGAAGUAAGUAACACGCUUUACCGUGUUGUACCAAUAACGAUUUAUGGAAGAGGCACGUCAUGUGACGUUUAUGCCCUUUUAGACGAUGGAUCCGGCCCAACUCUUAUUGAGAAAAGUGUGUUGCAACGUUUGCAGGUGCAAGGUGCUAAAGCAGAUUUGUGUCUUAAAUGGACAGACGGCACGGUACGUGUACAGCGGGACUCCGAUUGGAUCGAUUUAGAUGUAUCGCCGCGUGGGAAGCAAAAGAGGCUUACUCUGCGUAACGUACGCUCCGUGGAUGCGCUUGAUCUUCCACUUCAAACAAUGGAUAUUACGGAGCUUGCAGGAUUACAUAAACAUCUAAGGGGAAUUCCAGUUGAGUCAUACCGCAACGUUGUGCCACAAUUAAUAAUUGGAUUAAGCAACAAAAAUGUGAUGAUGCCACUUAAGUUUCGUGAAGGCAAAGCGCAUGAGCCAGCUGCCACCAAAACCCGCCUUGGAUGGACCGUUUAUGGUGUCAUAAAUACCGACGAACAACAGAACGUUGACAAUAUGCAGCUACAUGUUUGUGAGUGUGAUGACGAUGUAGCCUUGCAAAAGUUGGUCACAGAGUACAUGUCCCUGGAGAAAAAUUGUAAUGACCGGGAAAAUAAUCAGUUUCAAAGUACAGAGUUAAAUGAAAUGCGAGGCAACGUUAAGCGCAAGGGAGAACACUUCGUAGCAAAGCUGCUAUGGAAGUCGGAGAGCACUACUAUGCCAGACAACUAUCCCGUGGCUUUGCGUAGACUCACAUGCUUCGAGAGAAAGUUAGAAUCGUCUCCCGAUCUUAGGUUACUUGUAAAUGAACAUAUUCGCUCAAUGGAGGAAAAGGGGUACAUUCGCAAAUUAAGCACAAGCGAGAUUUCCGCCUAUCAUCCUCGGAAGUGGUAUUUGCCAAUAUUUGCGGUGCGAAAUCCAAAUAAACCACAGAAGGUCAGAAUAGUGUGGGAUGCAGCUGCGGAGUACAAAGGGCUCUCCUUGAAUUCAUGCCUGGACAAGGGCCCAGACUUAUUGACCUCUCUCUUUGAUGUUUUACUUAAUUUCCGGAUAGGGAAAAUUGGGUUGUGUGGCGAUAUCUGCGAAAUGUUUCACAGAGUGCACAUCGAUGAAGAAGAUCAGCAGUCGCAGCGUUUCCUGUGGAGAAACUGUGAGGAUGCUCGUCCACCAGAUGUCUACAUGUUGUUAGUGAUGAGUUUUGGGGCAAGCUGUUCGCCAUCCCUAGCUCAAGUUGUGAAAAAUUUAAACGCUUUAGAGUUCGCCGAUACGCACCCAAAAGCAGCUAAAAGUAUUUUGGAGAGGCAUUACGUCGAUGAUAUGCUCGACAGCGUUGAUACGAUUGACGAAGCGGUUCAAUUGGCUACGAGUGUUCGUGCGAUCCACAAGCACGCAAAUUUUCAUAUUCGAGGUUGGCUAUCCAACUCCAAAGAUGUCGUCGAAGCCUUAGGGGAAGCAGGCGAUGCACGCGAAUUUUGUGGCGCUGCCAAACGAGUAGAUCAGGUAGUUGAAGCAAGUAAGGUGCUAGGCAUGUGGUGGCAGACGUCUGAUGACACACUCACAUACAAUUUGAAAUUCACGAAGGCCAACGAUGAAAUUCUGCGAGGAGCUAAGCUUCCAACAAAGAGGGAGCUGUUAAGAUUGCUGAUGUCUAUAUUUGACCCGUUGGGGCUAUUAACCUUUUUCUUAAUCGACGCUAAAAUUUUACUUCAGAAGGUAUGGCGAAGUGGUAUUGGAUGGGACGAUUCUAUACCGGAGCAGUUGUCAGGUGAGUGGAUGAAGUGGUUAUCCUUUCUUCCACAAGUUCAAAAUAUGAAGGUGCCCAGAUGCUAUUUCAGUAUAGCGAGCAGCCAAGCAAGCAAUAUCGAGCUGCAUGUAUUUGUAGACGCUGGCGAAAACGCUUACGCCGCGGUAACGUAUCUGAGGAUCGGGACAGGUGAGGACGUCGAAGUAUCGUUGGUGUGUUCCAAAUCGAAGGUCGCACCUUUGCGCCCUGUAUCUAUACCUCGAAUGGAGCUGCUCGCUGCGGUGAUGGGUGCGAGGCUAGGGAAUGCGGUGGUAAAAGCACUCGACAGCAAAAUCGAUCGUGUGCGCUAUUGGACGGACUCCAAAACCGUUCUCUCGUGGUUGCGCUCCGAACCUAGAGGAUAUAAGCAAUUCGUUAUGUUUCGAGUGGGAGAAGUGCAGGAGUCUACCGAUAUAUCACAGUGGAGCUACGUGCCUUCGAAAUUGAACGUCGCCGACUUAGGAACGAAGGCGACCCCAGUACCUGAUUUUUCGAUGGCUGGACAAUGGAUCUCCGGACCUGCGUUCCUCCGUCAGUCAGUUGAGACAUGGCCAAGCUUUGAAAGCAAUCAACAAGAAGAUGGACAGCACGAGCAUGGGGAACUACGACCAGAACUAGUCUCAAUUAAUGUAGUAGAAGAUCAGCCUUUGAUAGAUCUUAGCCGUUUUUCAAAAUGGGAACGCCUACACCGAAGUGUGGCGUACGUUAAGCGAUUUGUAAAUAAGUUAGGUGGCAUCCCUAUUAGAGGUAGCCUUAGCACCGACGAGUUAGCCUGGAGCGAGACCUAUUUAUAUCGCCUUGCCCAAGCCCAAGCCUUUCAUAAAGAAAUUAAAAUGCUGCGUCAGAACCCAGCAUGCUCCAUGCCUAAAACAAGCCCUAUACGUAAACUCUCGCCGUUUUUAGACCAGAAAACGACAGUAAGAAUGCGCAGUCGACUAGAAAGAGCAGAUUUUAUAAGUAAUGAUAUGAAAAACCCAAUCAUACUACCGAAAGUGCAUAUGAUCACUAGACUGAUAGUCGACUGGUAUCAUAGAAAGUGGAAACAUUCAAACCAUGAGACCGUAAUCAAUGAACUGUUUCAGAAGUUCUACAUACCAGGGUUGAGAACGUUAUUACGGUCGGUGCGAAAACAUUGUCAAGUGUGCAAGAUUAACGAGGCUCGUCCGCAUUCACCCGAGAUGGCCGACCUGCCUGAAGCACGGUUGUCGCCCUACACCCGACCGUUCACCCACGUAGGGGUGGAUUUUUUUGGACCUUUCUUGGUUACCAUCGGAAGGCGCACUGAAAAGCGCUAUGGUGUGGUGUUUACAUGUAUGACGUGCCGCGCGGUGCACGUCGAAAUGGCAUACAGCCUGACCACCAGCUCCUGUUGUAUUGUUGUGCGCAACUUCAUCGCACGAAGAGGGACUCCGAGACAGUUCUUUAGCGACAACGGAACAAAUCUGAGAGCGACGGAAAAAGAGCUGCGAGAAUCGCUAUCGCAAGUUGACUUUGCAGGCCUAGAAGCUGAGUUUACCAACACGUACACCAAAUGGACAUUCAUUCCACCCGCAACGCCUCAUAUGGGAGGGGCAUGGGAGCGCAUGGUGCGCUCUAUAAAGGUGGUUAUGUACCAGAUUGUGACGCCUGCAACAAGAAUGUCCAAUGAAAGGCUCCAAAACCUGUUCCUCGAGGUGGAACAAAUAGUAAACAGCCGACCUUUAACGUAUCUGGCCCUCGACACUGCCGACCAAGAGGCACUAACACCCAACCAUUUCCUGCUGGGCUCAUCGUCGGGUCUCAAACCAGUUGGGAAUUUUAAAAGUGCGGACCAAUUUGCUCGCGCCUCGUGGCGACACUCUCAGCACCUCGCAGAAAUGUUUUGGAAGAGAUGGGUGGCAGAAGUUUUACCCAUGCUAACACGAAGAACCAACUGGUUCGAAAAAGCCAAGCCGAUUGAAGUUGGAAACGUAGUCGUCAUUGUCGACCCAAACUCACCACGCUAUUCCUGGCCAAAAGGCGUCGUCGUAUCUACAAUACCAGGAAAGGAUGGCCAGGUCAGAAGUGCCAUCGUUCGAACUACGCAGGGACAGUAUCAUCGGCCAGCAACGAAAUUAGCCGUAUUGGACGUAUCUCGAGCCGGUGUUUAA